CCCACUUUUGCUCUUUGUCCCGCGACGGAACCGAGACGAGCACGCCGAUACGCAAAGCACAAGCCCAACAACUAAAGCUCGGAAUCCAAACCCCCCUCGCCCAUGGCCUGAUCCCAUCGACCGAUCGAACUAGCACGCCACACGCCCUCGCGGCCCCCGCCGCGCCACCGCCCGAUGGGCCUCCUCAGCUCCCUGCGGCCGCACCGCCGCGGGAGCGGCGGCGGCGGCGCGCAGUGGCAGUGGUCGUUCCUCGACGCCGUCUGGGCGGUGUUCCUCGUGGCCGUGGUCGUCUUCCUCGCGCUCGUCUUCACGCCGCGCCGCGGGGACACCCUCGCUGCCGCGGUGGUGCCGCCCUGUGCCGCCUCGGAGGUGGACCUCCUCCCCUGCGAGGACCCCCGCCGAAGCUCCCGCCUCAGCCGCGAGAUGAACUACUACCGCGAGCGCCACUGCCCCGCGCGGGGGGAGGCGCCCGCGUGCCUCGUCCCGCCGCCGCCCGGCUACCGCGUGCCCGUGCCCUGGCCCGAGAGCCUCCACAAGAUAUGGCAUGAUAACAUGCCUUAUGGCAAGAUUGCUGAAAGAAAAGGUCAUCAAGGGUGGAUGAAGCAGGAAGGCUCAUACUUCCUUUUUCCUGGUGGCGGAACUAUGUUUCCUGAUGGUGCCGAACAAUAUAUUGAAAAGCUUACCAAGUAUGUUCCACUAAGAAGUGGUCUCCUGAGGACAGGUCUUGAUAUGGGUUGUGGGGUUGCUAGCUUUGGUGGGUUUCUGCUCAAAGAGAAUAUCACGGCACUUUCCUUCGCCCCAAGAGAUUCACAUAAGUCGCAAAUACAAUUUGCGCUCGAGAGAGGAAUUCCUGCAUUUCUUUUGAUGUUGGGCACACGCCGUCUUCCAUUUCCAGCACAGUCCUUUGAUUUCGUCCAUUGCUCUCGAUGUUUGAUACCUUUUACUGCCUACAAUGGCAGUUAUUUGAUUGAAGUUGACCGUCUACUUAGACCGGGAGGUUAUCUGAUUAUAUCCGGACCCCCUGUGCAGUGGAAGAAGCAGGAGAAGGAAUGGGGUGAACUUCAAGCAAUGGCACAGACUUUGUGUUACAAUUUGGUUACUGUAGAUGGCAACACGGCCAUUUGGAAGAAACCUAAUCAGGCGGCAUGUCUUCCUAACCAAAAUGAAUUUGGCCUUGAUUUGUGUAGUACUGAUGAUGAUCCAGAUGAAGCAUGGUACUUCAAGUUGAAGAAAUGCAUAAGCAAAGUUUCUCUGUCGGAAGAAAUAGCCGUUGGUUCCAUUGAUAAGUGGCCAAAUAGGCUGUCUAAACCUUCUGCUAGGGCCUCCUUUAUGGAUGAUGGUGUAAACUUGUUUGAAGCAGAUACACUGAAGUGGUUCAAAAGAGUGUCAUAUUACAAGAGAUCACUUGGUGUGAAGCUAGGUACUGCACUCAUACGUAAUGUCAUGGACAUGAAUGCAUUCUUUGGAGGAUUGGCGGCUGCUGUAGCGUCUGAUCCUGUGUGGGUUAUGAAUGUUGUUCCUGCUAAAAAACCAUUGACACUUGGCGUAAUAUAUGACAGGGGCCUGAUUGGAGUUUAUCAUGAUUGGUGUGAGCCUUUCUCAACAUAUCCUCGAACCUAUGAUCUGAUUCAUGCUGAUGGAAUCAAUUCUUUGAUAAGCAACCCAAAGUCCGGAAAGAACAGAUGUGACCUGUUUGAUGUCAUGUUGGAGAUGGACCGCAUAUUGCGCCCAGAAGGAACUGCUGUCAUACGGGACUCCCCAGAUGUGAUCAACAAGGCUGUACAGGUAGCUCGGUCGAUUCGGUGGACUACUCAGGUACACGACAGUGAGCCUGAAUCAAGCAGUGCUGAGAAAAUACUUGUAGCGACGAAAACAUUUUGGAAGCUACCUUAACAUCGGGAUAGGUUAGUUGUAUCCCUGUUUAUAACCCUUCCCCUGAUUUUGAGUCUUUUGGGGAUGGGUUGGAGGGAUUAGCACUGAUAUCAGAUUGAUGCGGAAAUAGCUUUAUUUUCUACAACAUCGUUGGAUCUUUAGUAACCAGUUAGGUACGGCUUGCUGCGAGUCUGUGAUUCUUUCUAUGUGUUUUGUGGCCCUUACACCUCUUCCAUUUGGAAUCAAAUUCCGGAUUGAUAUUUGUUAUAGGAUGAUUGCCCCUUUGUGAAAAGUGUGUAUGGUUUGUUA